CUUAGUUUCAUAGGUUUCAUCCUUGGGGAAGGAUUCUUGUCUACCAGCACCGGUGGUCCUUCUCUAUCUGCCUCAAGUGACAGGCUCACGCUCCCAAAAUGUCUGCAACCCUGGACCUGGAAAAGGGGUGUACGGUGGACGAACUUCUACACGGUUGCAUCGAAGCUUUUGACAGCGAAGGCAAGGUUCGAGAUCCCCAGCUCGUCCGCAUGUUCCUCAUGAUGCACCCAUGGUAUAUCCCAUCCUCCAAGCUAGCUGCCAAGCUGCUGCAGAUUUACCAAGAUUCUCGCGGCUCGGAAACCAGCUCCUUGCAGAUUAAAACCUGCCAUCUGGUGAGAUACUGGAUCUCAGCGUUUCCGGCAGAAUUCGAUCUCAAUCCAGAGCUGGCUGAACAGAUCAAAGAGCUGAAGGAACUCCUGGGCCAGGAAGGGAAUCAGCAGCACAGCAGCCUGAUCAACAUAGAGAGCAUACCUACUUACAAGUGGAAGAGGCAAGUCACCCAGCGGCAGCCCGUGGCGCAGAAGAAGCGCAAGACCUCUUUGCUCUUCGACCACCUCGAGUCGGGGGAGCUGGCCGAGCACCUCACCCACCUGGAGUACCGGUCCUUCAGCAAGAUCUUGUUCCAGGACUAUCACAGUUUUGUCAUGCACGGCUGCACGGUGGACAACCCCAUCCUGGAGCGAUUCAUCACCCUCUUCAACAGCGUCUCCCAGUGGGUUCAGCUGAUGGUUCUCAGCAAGCCUACCGCUCAGCAGCGAGCCCAGGUCAUCACGCGCUUCGUCAUGGUGGCGCAGAGGCUCCUCCUGCUCCAGAACUUCAACACCCUGAUGGCCGUCGUGGGGGGCCUCAGCCACAGCUCGGUGGCCCGCCUCAAGGAGACCCACAGUUUCGUGAGCCCAGAGACCACCAAGGUCUGGGAAUCGCUGCUGGAGUUGCUGUCCUCGGUGGGGAAUUACAGCCGUUACCGGAAGCGCUUUGCGGAGUGCGUGGGAUUCAAGUUCCCCAUCCUCGGGGUCCACCUCAAGGACUUGGUGGCCGUUCACGUGGCCCUCCCGGACUGGCUGGACCGGGCCCACACCUGCCUCAACGGGAACAAGAUGCAGCAGCUCUUCAGCAUCCUCAGUGAACUGGCCAUGGUGCAAAGUAUCCGACCCCCCUUUGAAGCCAAUCCGGACCUCCUCAACUUGCUCAUGGUCUCUCUGGAUCAGUACCAGACCGAAGAGGAGAUCUACCAGCUGUCUCUCCAGCGGGAGCCUCGGAACAAAUCCACGCCUUCCAGCCCCACGUCCUCCACCCCGUCCCCCCAGCCCGUUGUGAUUGAGGAGUGGGCAUCAGUGCCCAAACCCAAGCCGGACCAGGCGAUUGUGCGGAAGCACAUUGAGAAGAUGGUAGAGUCCGUCUUCCGGAACUUUGACGUGGAUGGAGAUGGCCACAUUUCCCAGGAAGAGUUUAAGAUCAUCCGGAAUAACUUUCCAUACCUCUGCAAAUUUGGAGACCUGGAUGAGAAUCAGUGAGUGCUUUUUUUGGAGGUGGUGGUGGUGGGGAAGUACCUAUUGGAGGACAGCACAAAAAUUCCAAGGCUCGCCUUUCCCCCAACCCCCGGUACACUGAAUGCAUUGAAACCUGUUUAAUGUAAGCACUCAAAGCAGCUUAUCCUCGGACUUUACAAGCAGGGGCUGAAAUGCCGGGCCUGUGCCGUCAGCUGUCACAAGCACUGCCGGGACCUUCUCUCCGUGGAGUGCCGCAAGCGCACGAAGAGCGUCAGCCUCGAUGGACCAGCGACCUUGCCCGCCCGGUCCUUCAGCUUCUCUUUGCCACGUCCGGGACGGGCAUCUCUGCGGCAUACAGAAAUCCAGGAGGAAAGCACACAAGCUGUGGAGGACGGGGUUUUUGAUGUCCACCUAUGAGGCCGGUACUGAGAGGCUGCCUAGGAGCCGGGCAUCAGAACCGCGUCCUCUUCUCUCCGCCCUUCCGCCAGUAAGUCCUCUGCUGGGCUCUGGGACCGACCCUCGCAGCGACUCGAGACCCGGGACGUAUGUUUCUAAUGGUGGUGGUCAUGGGGGUGGGGGUUAAGAAGGGCAGAGAGGAAGGGCACCCCAUGAAGAAGUCCCUGGGUUUAGGCAAUCGUUGCCCCCUCGAUGGUGCCACUUUCUUAGCACAGUUGCUUGCAAAGGUUACUACCGCAAGGGUCAAGAAGAGACCUGAUUUUUUUGGGGGGGGGCGCGCGUUCCGAAACCAUUCUGUACAUUUGUAUCAAGAACUGGAUUCAGAGGUGUAAUAAUAAUUCUAAUAAAAGUUGACUCUUCCA